AUGGGUGACGGAGUCGCUAAAAACGGAGCGUACAAGUACGAGGAUGGAACGAGAUACGUCGGCGACUGGAACGGACGAGGGCUGAAACAUGGAGCUGGUUCCUUAGCUCUGCCUGACGGAACUCGUUACGACGGUGGAUUCCAAAAUGGAUUAUGCUCAGGACUCGGUGUCAUAGUGUUCCCAGACGGUGCCAAGUACGAGGGUGAAUUCAUGCAAGGAUGGUUCCACGGUCAUGGAGUUUUCUGGCGAGCUGACGGGAUGAAGUUCGAAGGAGAAUUCCGCGGUGGCCGAGUGUGGGGCCUUGGCCUGGUGACCUAUGCGGACGGUUCCCACGGUUUCCCGAGGAACGAAGGCUUCUUCCAGGAUUGUCGGCUGGUGCGUCGUAGACGCUGUCCCGACAUCGUGCAGAAAUCGCAAAAGAUAUCGAUGAUGGCUCGCACCCAGUGCAGUUAAUCAACCCGAGGUCCCCGCAUAACGAAUCUCGCCCUUGUGGAAUUUCAACUCGGAGUGAUUCUCCGGUGUGUAAGAAUUGGUAGGCUCCGAAUAAAGAGAUUUCAAUCGA